UAUUUUUUAUUAUGGGUGAUUUAUCGGACAUUAAGCUAAUUUAGCAAAUUCUAAACCUACAAUAUUAUAUUGUAUUCUAAAGUUAAUACUUAAUAAUACGGGUAAUUACAUAACUGUGUGUAUACAUUUCUAUUGGCUGUUUUUUAUUUUCGAAUUUGCCAUUUCCCAUCCACUAUAGCCGUAGCCUAUACUGUAACGAAGCUUCGAGGAGGAGACCUCUGCGCAGCUCUUGGACAGUGGUUAUUCCGAUUGAAUAUAGCGACAUGUACAACAGUGUUGUGUGCACGAUGGACACGCUUAGUAGUAUCGCGUUUUACAGUAUACUGUUAUUGAGUUAUAACGCAGUGCACAGUAUUGACACAGACUCAAUAAAUCAAAAUUUGUUGAAUAAGAGCCAAAAUGCAAAUGAAACAUCAUUGUCAACUGCCGAACGUUUCCGACGCCUAAUACCUUACGUGACGUACUACGCGGUCGGUAAUAACGACCAAAACGACGUGCCAUAUCAAUAUCAAAACUCUAAUUCAAAUUUAAACACACCCAGACCUUUGCAAAAAAAUAACUUUUAUUUUCAAAAUGAAAGAAAACCGCAACAAACACAACAACAGCUCGGCACCCAGCACCAGUAUAAUCAAGUAUCAAAUCAACAGGUCCAUCAACAACAUAUUACGUCAGCAGGAUAUCUGAGAUUUCCUAGCUCUCCAAAAACUAAAAGGCCUAUUGUUAUAGCAACAACGACUGAAAUGCCAUACAUCAUCCACCAGACAGAAACCUCAUAUAAUUAUUAUUAUGAUUAUAGUCAAACGAGCCCUAAACCAAUUGUUAUGAAACAUGGCAAUUAUCCUGAAUUUUUACCGACAAUACCACCAGUUUCAAAUUCGUUUUUAGAACAAGAACCUCUGCAGUUUACGACAAAAGCAAAAAAACAAAGAAGGCCCAAGCCGAAAAGACCAACAACACCCGUUACUACAACCACGACAACAGACAAAUACGGUGCACUCAACGAAUUGUUAAACGGUUAUGAUUUAGGAAAUCGUCUUUCAAAUAAAAUCACGGCCGAGAACAUCGGUUCCAAUAUACAGACUCUGUCAGCUGUUUUACAAUUAUUGCAAAACGAGGCUGACGAACAACAGGCGCGACCACUGCAACCGAAAAAACCUAAGCCAGAGUCACAUCCAGAUUCAAUCGACGAAUAUGAUACUGGUGACGUAGGAAAUCCAGGAAGACCGGGCGUGGAUUAUCCGACGCUCUCAGUUAUACCCAAGACUAGCUUCGAUUGUAAAACGCAAAGAUACAAAGGGUUCUUCGGAGAUCCUGAAACGCUGUGCCAAGUAUGGCAUUACUGUGACUUAAACGGUGGUCAAGCAUCAUUUUUAUGCCCAAAUGGAACUAUAUUCAAUCAAGUUUCACUGACAUGUGAUUGGUGGUUUAAUGUAAAAUGUGAUACUACUGCUCAACUCUAUGUACUCAAUGAACGUUUGUACAAAUAUAUAAUACCAUCUAAACCAAGUUUUCCAGAAGAUUAUGAAGGACCAUUGGUAGAUAGAUAUUUAGAAGACAAAUUUAAGGAAACUGAAAAAAAGAAAGGUCAACAAAAAUCUCCAAUAUCACCAGCAAUAAAUUUCACUACUGUUGAACCAGAAGUGGUUAGAACACCAUAUCAACAAUUACUUGAUGUAGAUGUAUAAAUUUCAGAAGGAACUACUAUGGUCUAUAAACAUAAUUUGUUAGAAAAAUGUAUAACAAAUAAUAGAAAUAGAAUUAAUAAUAGGAAGGUGUAAAUAGAAUAAUAAUUUCUUUAAACAAAAUAUAAAACUGACUUGGUUUUUAGAACUAGUGGGCCUAACAAAGUGCCAUUUUUAAUGUAAUGCCACCACUAUAUUUUAAGGGAUAUUUUAUUUAUUAAUAAACAGUAUGAUAUUAAGUUUUA